CGCUCCCCGCAGGCAGCGGCCGUGCCCCGGGGGGCCUGGGGGACGGGGUCCCUGCGCCCCAGAAGGUGCUCUUCCCCGUGGAGCGCCUCUCCAUGAAGUGGGAGCGGAUCUACCGGGUCGGCGCCGGGCUGCACAACCUCGGGAACACCUGCUUCCUCAACUCCACGGUGCAGUGCCUGACCUACACGCCACCGCUCGCCAACUACCUGCUCUCCAAGGAGCACAGCCGCAACUGUCACCAAGGAGGCUUUUGCAUGAUGUGCAUUAUGCAGAACCACAUGAUCCAGGCUUUUGCCAACAGCGGCAACGCAAUAAAGCCAGUGUCCUUCAUCCGAGACCUCAAGAAGAUUGCCCAGCACAUCCGCUUCGGCAGCCAGGAGGAUGCGCACGAGUUCCUGCGUUAUACCAUUGAUGCCAUGCAGAAGGCCUGCCUGAAUGGCUGUACCAAGUUGGAUUGCCAGACCCAGGCCACGACGCUGGUUCACCAGAUCUUUGGCGGCUACCUGCGGUCCCGUGUGAAGUGCUCCGUGUGCAAGAGCGUCUCGGACACCUACGACCCUUACCUGGACCUGGCGCUGGAGAUCAGGCAAGCCGCAAACAUCGUGCGGGCGCUGGAGCUGUUUGUGAAGUCGGACAUGCUGGGCGGGGAGAAUGCCUACAUGUGUGCCAAAUGCAAGAAGAAAGUGCCAGCCAGCAAACGCUUCACCAUCCACCGAGCUUCCAAUGUUCUCACGCUCUCGCUGAAGCGCUUUGCCAACUUCAGUGGAGGCAAAAUCACAAAGGACGUGGGGUACCCCGAGUUUUUGAACAUCCGCCCUUACAUGUCCCAGAACAACGGGGAUCCUGUCAUGUAUGGACUCUAUGCAGUGCUGGUGCACUCUGGGUACAGCUGCCACGCAGGGCACUACUACUGCUACGUGAAGGCCAGCAAUGGGCAGUGGUAUCAAAUGAACGAUGACCUGGUCCGCUCCAGCAACAUCAAAGUGGUCCUCAACCAGCAGGCCUACGUGCUGUUCUACCUGAGGAUCCCCAAUCCCAGGAAGAGCUCGGAGGGGCCCAUUGCCAAAGCUGCCUCCAGCCUGCCCGGCCGCACUGGCAGUGUCUCCGAUCAGGUCAAGAAAACUGUGACCAACGGGCCCCUGUCUUCACCGCUGAUGGGCCGGAGACCAGACACUCUGCCAGUGAAGAAGCUGCCGGGGCCGGAGGAGGUCGGAGUCCCUGUGGCCCGCAGCACAUUCGGGACGGGGCCAAAGCUGCCAAAUGGAACCGCUCCGCCAAAGCUGCCCGCUGGGUCCCCGUCACCCAAACUGCCCCUCAAAGCCACCCACACGGCCACAGCGCCGCCCAGUGAUGCAGCCCGGAGGCCGAAGAAGCUGCUCUCCUUCCCGCAGCUGCCUCCCACGCCCAGAGCAGUCCAGGGCCUCUGCGACACCAGCAAUGCAAGUGAGGCCAAAGCAGAGCUGCACCGGCAGAGCUCCUGGGAGAGCAAGCAGCCACCUACCUCACCCAAGCUGCUGCUGGAGCCCAGCCAGGAGCCUGGGGGCAGUGGGGAGAAUGCCGGGACCCUGCAGAGGGACUCCUGCGGCAGCAGUGCCGCCAGCCCAGCGCACAGCGUAGCGGGGAAGCUGGCCAAAGUGUCCCAGAAGGCCAAGAGUGGAACCAGCAGCUUCUGUACCUCUCAGGAAACGGACUGUGGCACGGACCUCCCUUCUGGCCCCAGCACCGAGCUGGCUGCCCCUGAAGACUCCAAGCUGGCAAAAUUUAAAUCCUCCCUGUUGGGCAGCGCUGCUCUGGAGCUGAGCAAUACGAUGUCACCGCCACCGGCCAAGAAGCUGGCACUCUCUGCCAAAAAGGGCAGCACCCCGCGGAAGGCGAGCGGAAGUGACCGCCACGCACAACCUCACCCACAAUUUGCUGACCACACCUACCCCACGAACACCACCCACCCCGACUCCACUCCCUGGCCUUUCGGCAAGUCGAGGCUGUCCUCAUCUGCUCUCAAACUGCCAAAUCCAGAAAAGCCUGCCUUCAGCUUCAUCCUCAACUCAGCCCCUCAGCUCCCAGCCUCCCCCCUGAGCAACGGUUCCACUGCCCACCCUUCGCACCACCUUCCUCCCUGCAGCGGGGAGAAGGGGCCCAGCCAGGGCACCCUGGGUUCCUCCAAAAAGAAGCGGCGAAAGCAGCAUCAUGGAGCAGACAUGGGCAGCCCUCAUGUUCCAGCUGUGAAGGGCAAGGAUGAAGUCUCCAGCCCCCCCAGGAAGAAGAAGAAUCUCACUCAGGAGGGCUCGGUGUCCCUCUUGGGGAAGGAGGCGGCAGGCAAGGGUCCCAGCAGUGGCAGGGAGGCCCAAGGCUGUCAGGAGCUGGAGAGCGGGCCCAAGCAGCAAGUGUCAGACUCCAGUACUUGCCUGGACACAGAGCCCAUCUCCCCCGUCAAGAAGAAGAAGAAAAAGAGGAGAAUGGAGGAGACGGAAGAGUGCUGCUCUGGGAUGCUGUCCUCGGGCAGCUCUAGGAGGGCUGAAAUGGAGCCCUGGAGGACAAAGCAGCAGCAGAGCGUGGAGGCUGGGGCUGGAGAGAGCGAGCACCGCAAGCGCAAGUGGAGGGAAAGCCUCAGCAGCCCAGCGUUGGAGCAGCCGGCUGCUAAUGGCGUCCACGCUGCGGACGGCACCCGAGCGGCAGCGUGUGCCUGGGACAGCCAGGCUGGAGACGGGUACAGGCGCUGCCCAGCUGCCCUGGGCCCCGAGCCUGGCCGUGGGGCUGGCACAGCACCUGGGAGCCAGGAGGAGUCCAGCGUGGUGGAGGAACUGCUCAGGAACUCCUUGGACAAGGCUUAUGGCAAACAAGGUAAUCCCUGCGCGCCUGGGGUGGGGUGCUGGCAGGCAGAGAUCUCAGCUGUCAGCCAGGAUGCCAUUCGGGACGCAGCGUGGGCCCGGAGCGAGACGAUCAUCGAUGAGUGGGACGAGGAGUUUGACAGAGGGAAGGUAAAGAAGGUUAAAAAACCUAAGCGGGAGCGGAGGAGACACUUCAACCCCUUCCAGCAGCUGCAGAGCAAGCGCAACUUCUGGUCGGUGACGCAUCCUGCCAAGGUGGCCAGCCUGAGCUAUCGGCUCUGAGGUGGAGAUCUGUGUCCCCCAGCCAGCGAGCGGAGCAGUCUCUGGUCAAGGACCGGUGGGGGAGCGCUGUCCUGGGAGCUGCUGCUGGACCCUGCUGCGGAGGGGCGUGGGGGGGAGGCUGGUCCCGCGUGUCUCCAGGGCCCCAGCCCCGGGUGUCAUGCCGUGCUUGGUGUCCCCUGCCUUCCCCUUCGGGGAGCUGCUCUCCCUGGGGUCCCUGGGGGCUGGGGCUGCUUCCCUCCGCUCUCCAGCUGAGGAGUGGGGUGAGGGACGCCCACUCCCCUGCCUUGUCCAGGCUCCUCUGCCAGCUCCUCUGUGCCUCUGCCCGGGGCUGGAGCAGCCCC